GAAAUGUAUGUGUGUGUGUCUGCAGGUGUGCAAAUUCUUAUAUGUUGUGCCAUCUACCUUGGGACUCCUGGAGAUCCGUCAGGGUCCCAGGGAUUUCCAGACGUGACCCUGAGGUGCUCAGUAGCUCAUCUGUGUGUUCCGCAGGUUUGGCGUCACCCACUGCCAUAACCCCAGUGGCCUCACCCAUUUGCAGUAAAACAAGAGGCACCACACCCGUUUCCAAACCCCUGGAAGACAUCGAAGCCAGACCAGAUAUGCAGUUAGAAUCAGACCUGAAAUUGGACAGGCUGGAAACCUUUCUAAGGAGGCUGAAUAACAAAGUUGGCGGGAUGCAAGAAACGGUGCUCACCGUCACCGGCAAAUCUGUGAAGGAGGUGAUGAAGCCGGAUGAUGACGAAACCUUUGCCAAAUUUUACCGCAGCGUGGAUUAUAAUGUGCCGAGAAGCCCUGUGGAGCUGGACGAGGACUUCGAUGUCAUUUUUGAUCCCUAUGCACCCAAAUUGACGUCUUCUGUGGCCGAGCACAAGCGGGCAGUCAGGCCCAAGCGCCGGGUUCAGGCCUCCAAAAACCCCCUGAAAAUGCUGGCGGCCAGAGAAGAUCUCCUUCAGGAAUACACUGAGCAGAGACUAAACGUUGCCUUCAUGGAGUCAAAGCGGAUGAAAGUAGAAAAGACCGGCCCAGUGUCUUCCAACUCCACCUUCUCAGAAGUCACCCUGGCGGGUUUAGCCAGUAAAGAAAACUUCAGCAGCGUCAGCCUGCGGAGCGUGAACCUGACGGAACAGAACUCUAACAACAGCGCCGUGCCCUACAAGAGGCUGAUGCUGCUGCAGAUUAAAGGAAGAAGACACGUGCAGACCAGGCUGGUGGAGCCUCAGGCCUCAGCGCUCAACAGCGGGGACUGCUUCCUCCUGCUCUCUCCCCACUGCUGCUUCCUGUGGGUAGGAGAGUUUGCAAACGUCAUAGAAAAGGCGAAGGCUUCAGAACUUGCAGCUUUAAUUCAGACAAAGAGGGAACUUGGUUGUAGAGCUACUUAUAUCCAAACCAUUGAAGAAGGAAUUAAUACACACACUCAUGCAGCCAAAGACUUCUGGAAGCUUCUGGGCGGCCAAACCAGUUACCAGUCUGCUGGAGACCCAAAAGAAGAUGAACUCUAUGAAGCAGCCAUAAUAGAAACUAACUGCAUUUACCGCCUCAUGGAUGACAAACUUGUGCCUGAUGACGACUACUGGGGGAAAAUUCCGAAGUGUUCCCUUCUGCAGCCCAAAGAGCUACUGGUGUUUGAUUUUGGUAGUGAAGUGUCCGUGUGGCAUGGGAAAGAAGUCACGUUAGCACAACGAAAAACAGCAUUUCAGCUGGCAAAGCACUUAUGGAAUGGAACGUUUGACUAUGAGAACUGUGACAUCAAUCCGCUGGAUCCUGGAGAAUGCAAUCCGCUGAUCCCCAGAAAAGGACAGGGGCGGCCCGAGUGGGCGAUAUUUGGGAGACUUACUGAACACAAUGAGACGAUUUUGUUCAAAGAGAAGUUUCUGGAUUGGACGGAACUGAAGCGACCGCAUGAGAAGAACCCUGGGGAGCUUGCCCAGCACAAGGAAGACCCCAGGGCCGACAUCAAGCCGUACGACGUGACGCGGAUGGUGUCCAUGCCCCAGACGACAGUGGGCACCAUUCUGGACGGGGUGAACGUCGGUCGUGGCUAUGGCCUGGUGGAAGGGCACGACAGGAGGCAGUUUGAGAUCACCAGUGUCUCCGUGGAUGUCUGGCACAUCCUGGAAUUCGACUAUAGCAGGCUCCCCAAACAGAGCAUCGGGCAGUUCCACGAGGGGGAUGCCUAUGUGGUCAAGUGGAAGUUCAUGGUGAGCACGGCAGUGGGAAGUCGCCAGAAAGGAGAGCACUCGGUGAGGGCGGCCGGCAAAGAGAAGUGCGUCUACUUCUUCUGGCAAGGCCGGCACUCGACAGUGAGUGAGAAGGGCACAUCGGCGCUGAUGACGGUGGAGCUGGAUGAGGAAAGGGGGGCCCAGGUCCAGGUGCUCCAGGGAAAGGAGCCCCCCUGUUUCCUACAGUGUUUCCAAGGGGGAAUGGUGGUGCACUCUGGGAGGCGGGAAGAGGAAGAAGAAAAUGUGCAAAGUGAGUGGCGGCUGUACUGCGUGCGCGGAGAGGUGCCGAUGGAAGGGAAUUUGCUGGAAGUGGCCUGUCACUGUAGCAGCCUGAGGUCCAGGACUUCCAUGGUAGUGCUCAACAUCAACAAGGCCCUCAUCUACCUGUGGCACGGAUGCAAAGCCCAGGCCCACACAAAGGAGGUUGGAAGGACCGCUGCAAACAAGAUCAAGGAACAAUGCCCCCUGGAAGCAGGACUGCAUAGUAGCAGCAAAGUGACCAUACACGAGUGUGACGAAGGCUCCGAGCCCCUGGGAUUCUGGGAUGCCUUAGGAAGGAGAGACAGGAAAGCCUAUGAUUGCAUGCUUCAAGAUCCUGGAAGUUUUAACUUCGCACCUCGCCUGUUCAUCCUCAGCAGCUCCUCUGGGGAUUUCGUAGCCACUGAGUUCGUGUACCCCGCCCGAGCCCCCUCUGUGGUCAGUUCCAUGCCCUUCCUGCAGGAAGAUCUGUACAGCGCGCCCCAACCAGCACUUUUCCUUGUUGACAAUCACCACGAGGUGUACCUCUGGCAAGGCUGGUGGCCCAUCGAGAACAAGAUCCCUGGUUCUGCCCGCAUCCGCUGGGCCUCCGACCGGAAGAGCGCGAUGGAGACCGUGCUCCAGUAUUGCAAAGGAAAAAAUCUUAAGAAGCCGCCCCCUAAGUCUUACCUUAUCCAUGCUGGUCUGGAGCCUCUGACAUUCACCAAUAUGUUUCCCUGUUGGGAGCACAGAGAGGACAUUGCUGAAAUCACAGAGAUGGACACGGAAGUUUCCAAUCAGAUUACCCUUGUGGAAGACGUCUUAGCCAAGCUCUGUAAAACCAUUUACCCGCUGGCCGACCUCCUGGCCAGGCCGCUCCCGGAGGGGGUCGAUCCUCUGAAGCUUGAGAUCUAUCUCACCGACGAAGACUUCGAGUUUGCACUAGACAUGACACGAGAUGAAUACCACGCCCUGCCCGCCUGGAAGCAGGUGAACCUGAAAAAAGCAAAAGGCCUGUUUUGAGUGGGGAGACGCGGAGGAGCCUCGAGGUCACGUCCAAUACCCCCACCCCAGGGAAAUGGAUAUAGAGUUUUGGACUGGUGGUUUUUCACAAAGUAGUUUUCAAUCAGUUUUCGGAACCUGACAUGGUUAAAGACACUGCUUGUCCCGGAGUUGUGUAUUUUGUAAAUGUUCAAGGAAACUGUUUGGAAACUUCUUUCCACCGUUCAGCAGGUUAUCAGAAUUAAUAAAAGUAUUGUUAUGUGCACUUAAGCUGCAGCUGCUAUAGACAGCCCUGCCUUCUUGUUCCAGCUAGACAAUGCCUUUUUUUUUUGAAGCAGUUCUCUUUAUAAAGUGUUAUUUUGAUAGUUUGGGGAUUCUAAAAUAUAUAUAUAUUUAUAUAAACACCAUAUAAGUCAAAUAUGUAUUUAGCAAAGCAAUAUGUAUUCACUUUCGAGAUUUGUUUUGGUGUCAAAAUAAUAUGAAAAGGUAGUUGGAGUUGCUUCUGUGGAAUUAGCUCUGCCACCAAUACGUAUCUUCACACACGUUUGGAAAUGUUUCCUGCAGCGUUAGGUAUGACUUGUUCUGAGUACUGCUUCCGGUGCUAAAACGAACAAAGAAUUUCUACAUAAUGGCCUGGACUCUGGAGAAUCUAUGCGAAUCAACCUUUCUACCUUAAUAACUCCCCAAAAAUGUAUAGUGCCUUGUUUUUAUGUACAGUUUAUAUACAGAAAAGUUUGCUCUGCAUUUUUGAUGAUGGUUUGGAACAUUAUCUACAAUUUUACUCUCAAAUAGUCAAAAUAAAAACAUCUCAAUUUCUAAUACCUGUUGUAAACAUUACACAUGUCAUUUUGUGAUACGGGACUCCCAAAUAAAAGCAUCAGAAUAAACACAACAAUUAACUGAUUGGUUCACAUUGAA